UGAAUGGCACCCAAAUUCACUGAGACUCACACCUGCGUUGUAGCUUGCUGCAACGUCUGACAGUGCAUUGCAUUAUAAAAAAAGAUUACGAAUUAUGGGGCACUAUCAGGGGCAGACUGACAACUCAUGGGACCCCCGGGCAAUAGGGGAUCAUGGGGCUCCUGUGUCCUUGCCCAAACUCAAAAAAGCCUAUGAGAAAGGUACCAGGGGCAUCUCAUGGGGCCCCCUACUGACCCCAGGCCCUCGGGCAGUGCCAGAGUUUCCAAAUGGUCAGUCCGCCCCUGGGCACUAUUACUUACUGACACUGACACUGACUUACAGUGACGGG